AUGGACUCAUCUUCGCCUUGUGAGCUCGGUGCCUUCGAUAGAGCUGACCUCAGGAUGUGGCAAUACUACCGCACCGUUCCGGCUCUGUACCGCUACAGGGUGUUCGGCAUCGAAUUCUCGAACAAGACUUUCCCCUGGAUCUUCGCUGCGCAGGUGAGCUCACCGUCCGCUCAUCUGAAGCUGACAUCAGCUCUUCUUCUCCAAGCCACCAGGCUCGAUACUCGCCUCGCUUGCCGGCCUACUGACGGGCUACUUCUACCGCACGGACACGCCCUUCUUCCUUCCCUCACUGCAGCGGCCGCGGCGGCUCUGGCGUCCGCUUCGCGCAUGGCGAAUUCCGCUGGCCCUGUACCGACUGCUGGAGCGCGUCUUCUCGCCCAUCGUCGCGAGCUGGAGAACCGCGGACUCCGUGGUCUCCUGGCCGCCAGGGCGGGACUCGAUGUCCCCGCGCCGCGGCCUGCUGAAACAGAGGGCGACGAGACGCCCACACCGCCCACAGCCCGAGGCGCUAUGGGCGAGUGGGUGGAUGAGAUGACGGGACGCUCCACCCGCGCACCGACCGAACAAGAGAUUGCUGCGCUCUCGAACAUGUUCCCCAACCUCUCGAGGCCGGCUAUCAUCGAUGCACUCCAGAGAAGGUAG